AUGUACAUUGACUUGGCCGGCGUCAGGCGGUGCCGCACGCUGCCGUGGAGCGGCAAGCAUGGGACCACCGCUGCUUCUGAGGAGAACCCCGCGGCCUCGCCGCUGCCGCGCAUCGCGCUGACCUGCGGCUGCAUGGGCACCCCAGUCCACAUGGACUGCGUGUACCCGGACUCCGGCCUCAGCGCGACGGGCGAGGCGCUGCUGACGCCCGACCCAGCGUCCCUUGUGGAACGGCUGCCGUGGUGGCCGGCCCAUGGGCUGGCAAACGUAGACCAUAUAGAGCGGACAGGCGAGCCCUGGGACUGCUGCCCCCGCUCCGCCCUCAAGCGCACCCUGGCGCUCCUCCAAGAGCGCCACGGCCUCACCAUCAAGGCCGGCUUUGAGCUCGAGUUCGUGCUGCUCAAACAGCUGUCCCCGGCCGCCGCGGCCGCGUCGCCGCUGCGCGCGGAGGGCACCGACUUUGUGGCGGUGGAGGGCGGUCCUUACAGCAGCUCCAGCGGCUUUGACGAGUUCUGCGAGGUCCUGGACGAUAUGGUGGCCACCCUGCAGGCCAUGGGGAUCGAGGUGGUGCAGUACCACAAGGAAGCUGCUCCCGGGCAGUUUGAAAUAUCCACGGGCCCCGCCGACGCGCUGACAGCGGCGGACCGGCUGUUGCAGUCAAAGGAGGCUGUGGCCGCCGUCGCGCGACGCCACGGCUACGCGGCGACCUUUGUGCCCAAGCCGUUUCCCAACCAGGCGGGCUCUGGGUCCCACGUGCACAUGAGCCUCUGGAGGGACGGCGAGAGCUCCAUGUGCAGCGGCAGCGGCGCCGACCCCGGCCCGUUUGACCGCCGCCGCCCGCCCCAGCUGUCAGACGAGGCCUCGGCCUUCUUCGGCGGCAUCCUCUCCCACUUGCCCGCCCUGCUGCCCUUCACCGCGCCUUCCCCGGGCGCCGCCUGGGGCAGCUACGCGCGCCUGCGGCCCGGCUGCUGGGCGGGCGCGUUCGUGUGCUGGGGCUGGGACAAUCGGGAGGCGCCGCUGCGCGCGACGCGGCCGGGGGGGGCGGAGAGUACCAACGUCGAGUACAAAGCUCUGGACGGCACGGCCAACCCGUACGUGGCGCUCGCCGCGCUCGUGUGUGCGGGGCUGGCCGGGCUGGCUGAGGGUUGCCGGCUGCCGCCGCCGGUUCAAUUCAACCCCGACGGGCCGCCACCGCCCGUGAUUGGCGGCAGCGGCGGCGGCGGCAGCGACGACGGCGGCGCGGUGGUUGCGCCGGCCGCGCUGCCGGGAAGCCUGGGGGAGGCGCUCGCGGCGUGGGAGCGCGACGCAGCCUUACGGGGCGCGGUGACCGAGGGGCUGGGGGCGCCGCUGGUGAGGGCGUUCAUGGCGGUGCGGGCUGGGGAGCUCGAGGCCGACCCCAGCCUGGCCCACGUGCUGCUGCGGUACUGA